AUGACAUUUCAUUAUAUGCUCCUGCUGCUGUUCGCAUUGCCACUGAUCAAAACGACAUCAAUAUCUCCAGGAAAACAAGCAAAAUCACUCAUCAAAUGGAAGGACGACUUUUCUUCAUCAUCAUGGCCACCUUCGCUACUCAAUUCAUGGUCCCUCACCAACCUCAGCAGCCUCUGCAACUGGACUGCCAUUGCCUGCACCAAAACCAAUACAGUCUCCAAAAUAGACCUCUCCAAUAUGCAAAUUACUGGAACACUCGCUCUUUUCGAUUUUUCUCUAUUUCCGAAUCUUACCCACUUCAACCUGAGUGGCAACUAUUUCCGAGGGCCUAUACCAUCUGCCAUUGGAAAUCUCUCCAGCCUCAUAACUUUGGACUUCAACAACAACUCUUUGUACAGCAGUUAUAACGGAUUCUCUGGCCCAAUUCCGGACAAUAUCGGUUUGAUUUCUGGUCUUCAACAUAUUGACCUGAGUUGGAAUCUUCUGGAAGGGAAAAUUCCACCCUCUAUAGGCAAACUCAGGGAGCUCCAGUUCCUUGAUCUUUCAUACAACUCCAUAAACUCUUCAAUUCCUUCUGAGCUUGGUCUUUGUACAAACCUCACCCACUUGUCCCUGUCUUCCAAUAACCUCAACGGGGAACUGCCUCUGUCCUUGUCCAAUCUGAAAAGCCUCGUUCAAUUGGAUUUACAUAAUAAUCGAUUUAUUGGUCAAAUCCUUCUUUCUCUUGCCUCCAAUUGGACGGAAUUGGUCUCUUUGAACCUUCACCACAAUAGCUUCAGUGGAACCAUUUCAGUAGAAACUGGGCAGUUGAGACAAUUGCAGUAUCUAAGCCUUUACUCCAACAAAUUCAGCGGAGAGAUUCCUCAUUGUCUAGGCAAUUUAUCUCAGCUUCAGGGACUCUAUUUGGAUCAGAACCACUUGAGAGGAGAGAUUCCUCAUAGUCUAGGCAAAUUGACUCAGCUUCAGGGACUCUUUUUGUCCUAUAACCAAUUGACAGGAGAGAUUCCUCAAAGUCUCGGCAAAUUGACUCAGCUUAGGGGACUCUAUUUGUCCGAUAACCACAUGACAGGAGAGAUUCCUCAGAGUCUAGGCAAAUUGACUCAGCUUUAUUAUCUCCAUUUGUCCGAUAACCACUUGACAGGAGAGAUUCCUCAGAGUCUAGGCAAAUUGACUCAGCUUUGGGGACUCUAUUUGGACGAUAACCACUUGACAGGAGAGAUUCCACAGAGUCUAGGCAAAUUGACUCAGCUUCAGCAACUCUAUUUGUCUGAUAACCACUUGACAGGAGAGAUUCCUCAGAGUCUAGGCAAAUUGACUCAGCUUCAGCAAUCUAUUUGUCCGAUACCACUUGACAGACAGAUUCCUCAGAGUCUAGGCAAAUUGACUCAGCUUCAGCAACUCUAUUUGUCCGAUAACCACUUGACAGGAGAGAUUCCUCAGAGUCUAGGCAAAUUGACUCAGCUUCAGCAACUCUAUUUGUCCAAUAACCACUUGACAGGAGAGAUUCCUCAGAGUCUAGGCAAUUUAUCUCGCCUUCAGAGACUGGAUUUGUCCGCUAACAACUUCACAGGAGUGAUCCCACGAAUUUCAGGUAUGUUGGACCUCAAGCUUCUUUCAUUGUCUAAUAACAAUUUGACAGGGGUAAUACCAAUUUUUCUGUUUCUUGCCGUAGGUUUAACAGGUUUGUACUUCUUGAAUCUCAGCAGCAAUUCACUAUCGGGUGCAAUACCAUCAGAAUUGCGCAUGCUCGCAGAAUUAGACGUUUUCAAUGCCUCACACAAUCAUCUCUCAGGCGAAAUUCAAUCAGCAUUAGCUGACCUGUUGACUCUAAAUAUAAGUAUGUAUGACUUUUCGUAUAACAACUUAACAGGGCCAUUCCCAACUUGUGGCAUUUUCAAUAAGGUGCCAACAAGUGCGUUUGUUGGUAACCAUGGCUUGUGGAGUGCAGAGGGACCAACUGAAUGUAAGUCCUCCAGUACAAAUUCCAAAAGUGCUCAGAAGAAUAUGGUAUCUGUUUUCCUUUAUUCCUUUAUGGGUUUCACAGUAGGUGCAAUUUCCAUUGCUGCUCUGUUUCUUAUGUUUCGUAAGAGGUCCACGAUCCGGCCUCAGGUAAUCAAAACUUCUCAAAACUUCGAGAGUUUUGAAGCAAUGAUAUUGCAAGAGGAAGUAAAAUUUACGUUUGCAGAAGUUGUGAAGGCUGUAGAUGACUUUCAUGAGAAAUAUUGCAUUGGCGAAGGAGGUUUUGGAAAGGUUUACAAGGCAGAGCUCCAAUCAGGCCAAGUUAUUGCAGUUAAGAGGCUUAACACGGACGACUCUAAUGACGUUCCAGCGAUCAAUCUUCAAAGUUUUCAGAAUGAAAUCCGAACUUUGACAACUAUCCGACAUCGAAACGUCAUAAGGCUAUAUGGCUUCUCUACAAGGAAGGGUUGCAUAUUCUUGCUUUAUGAAUACUUAGAGAGAGGCAGCCUCGGAAAAGCAUUGUAUGGGGUAGAAGGGGUUACUGAACUUGGCUGGCCAUCAAGGGUAAAAAUUGUGCAAGGACUUGCUCGUGCGCUUUCUUACCUGCACCAUGACUGCUCACCACCAAUUGUGCAUCGUGAUGUAACUGUCAAUAAUGUAUUGCUCGAGCAAGAUUUCGAGCCCCGACUCUCAGAUUUUGGAACAGCAAGACUGUUGAGUAUUGAUUCAUCCAACUGGACCAACAUUGUUGGUUCACUAGGAUACAUGGCCCCAGAGCUUGCAUAUAUUAUGCAGGUGACGGACAAGUGUGAUGUUUAUAGCUUCGGAGUGGUGGCACUAGAAGUCAUGAUGGAAGGCACCCUGGGGAUAUCCUAGAAUCCCAACUAUCAGAAUCAUCAACGUCAAUGAAAGGAAAUGCAGACUUGCUUCUGAAAGAUGUGUUAGAUCAACGACUAGAGCCUCCAGCCAAUGAAUUGGCAAAGGCAGUGGUGCUUGUAAUGAAUAUAGCAUUGGCUUGUAUACGGACGCGUCCUGGGUUGCGUCCGACAAUGCAUUUUGUGUCGCAGAAUUUAUCAGCUCAGUCUUUCUUGUCUUCCUGAGCCAUUUGGUAUGCUUACCAUCAACAAGCUAUCGGCCCUUCAAAACUAGAAGAAAAUAGAGAACAUGCAGCUCCAACUUCACAUUAGAAUUCUUGCUACAAGCAAUCUAUCAAAUAAGG